UUUCACCAUUCAACAUAAAGUUUUGUUUAAAAAAAAAGAAAAAAAAAAUGAAGGGAAAGCAAAGUCAUCCAAGAUUAAGGACAUCAUGGGAGAACAAAAGUUAUGAUAAUCAAAUCAUCUCUUCGUCUGAAAUGGACUCUUUAGUCAGUAUUUGUGAAGCUAUAUUUCCUCCCGUUGAUCUUCAUCAUGAUGAUCAUGAUCAAUCAUUCAUCAACAAUUCUAUCAAAUCCUUCUUUCAAUCUUCUGCUUCUAACAAUCCCAUACCUAAUGAGGUAGCUGGGGUGAUGAAGGACAAAGGAAUGGCAGAAGCAGUAAUAUUAGCAAGGGUAAUAUUAUGGUUGUUAUCAACAAGAUUAGGGACACUUUUGUUAUGUGGGUCCCUUUGUUUUGGUAAAGAAUGGCCAUUCAUCACCAAAUUCUCUCAUUUGCCUACUCAUAAAAGAGAAAAUAUUCUACAAAAUUGGUCAACUCACACAUUUCUAAGCCCACUUAGACUAAUCUUCUUUCUUCUCAAGUCAUUGUGCCUCUACUUCUGUUUUUCCUUGGUGGAUGAUAACGCUCACAAUGUAGCAUGGGAAGCUAUAGACUAUAAACCGGAAACCACAACCACAAACAACACCGCAGUCAACAAAGACCGGCCACUAGAAAAGGGCAUCGUCGAGACCCUUUAUGAGACUCCGUCAAGCCUUAUCCGAUCCCUUACAAACAAAUCCCUCAGUGUCGAAGAAGACCCGACACACAACCUAUACAAGAUAAAGUGUGAUGUUGUGAUUGUGGGGUCCGGUUGUGGAGGAGGAGUGGCUGCAGCAAUCCUCGCUGAGGCGGGGCAGAAGGUGGUGGUUCUCGAAAAAGGAAACUAUUACACUGCUGAUGAUUACUCGUCGCUUGAGGGUCCCUCGUUAGAGGAGCUUAUGCACCAAGGAGGGAUGAUUCCUACUACUGAUGGCUCGGUUAUGAUACUCGCUGGAUCGACUGUUGGUGGUGGGACUGCUGUCAAUUGGUCUGUCGCUCUAAACACCCCCGAUCCAGUUUUGGAAGAAUGGGGCAGGGAGUAUGGACUAGGUUUGUUCAGAAGUGCUCGGUAUAGGCUUGCUAUGGAGUUUGUCGCACGAAGACUUGGUGUUACGACAGGGUGUGUGAAGGAAGGGUUUCAGAACCAGGUCCUGAGAAAAGGGUGUGAAAAUUUAGGCCUAGAUGUGGAACUAGUCCCACGAAAUUCUUCGAUGGCCCACUAUUGCGGGUCUUGCUACUAUGGAUGCAGAUCCACAGAUAAGCAAGGAACUGAUGUAACUUGGCUCGUUGAUGCUGUCAACUCGGGAGCAGUGAUCAUUACCGGCUGCAAAGCUCAGAAGCUUCUCCUUACCGAAAAUAGUUGUAGGAGAAGCAAAAGAUGUGUUGGAGUAGUAGCGAGAUCUAUAAAUGGAAAUAUCUGUAAAAAUCUUCAAAUCGAAGCUAAAGUGACAAUUUCGUCUUGUGGGUCAUUGAUGACUCCUCUGCUACUGAUGUCAAGUGGACUAAGGAAUAAACAGAUCGGUAAAAACCUCCAUGUGCACCCGUCACAGAUGGUUUGGGGGUACUUUCCACCCGAGGGAGCUAAUAUAGAACUAGACGGGAAAAGUUAUGAGGGCGGACUCAUCACUUCUGCACAUCGAGUGUUGCAAGAUCGAGAGGCUGGCUCGAUGCCUAGGGCCUUGAUAGAGACGCCUGCUAUCGGGCCUGCUUCUUGGGCUGCUCUGUGCCCAUGGGAGUCAGGCCGAGAUAUAAAGAGACGGUUGUUAAGAUAUUCUAGGACUGCUAACUUAUUUGUGAUGGUAAGGGACAAAGGGUCAGGAAAAGUCAUGUCAGAGAAGAGGAUUAGCUACUCGUUAACCAACGAGGAUAGGGAAAAUAUGACGACAGGGCUGAGGAGAGCGUUAAGGAUUUUGAUAGCAGCCGGGGCUGAUGAGAUCGGGACAUAUAGAAAUGAUGGGCAGAGAUUGAAAUGCAAAGGAAAGAGCGAGGAGGAAAUAGAGGAGUUUAUAGGAUCAGUUUGUGCCACUAACGGGCCUAUGUCAGCUCGGUUGUGGGCAGUUUACUGCACGGCACAUCAGAUGGGGAGUUGCAAGAUGGGAAGGACAGAAAACGAAGGUGUUGUUGAUGAGAAUGGGGAAAGUUGGGAGGCAGAUGGGUUGUUCGUUUGUGACGGAAGUGUUUUGCCUAGUGCAGUUGGGGUUAAUCCUAUGAUCACAAUACAAUCUACUGCUUAUUGUAUUGCUAAGAAGCUUGCAGAGUGUAUGAAGAAAGGUCAAUAUGAGAACUAGUUGGGUUUCAUUCCAUGAUCACUUGUAGAAAGCAUGAAUAAUACCUUAGGAUGCAUAAUGAGUAAUAGUGUAAGAGGUUCUAUUGUCCAAAUAUUACCCAAGCAACUCUAAGGAACAAAUUGAGAACCUAUAUAGAAAUAUUUUUUGAUCGGUUCUUUUACUGGCGUUUGGUUGUUGGUACUAAAAAGUAAGGUUGUUCCAUUCAUUUUUGGGCCUCAGAGCAAAAGAUAAAAAAGCCCGUUAAAAAUUG